AAUAUGGAGCUAAACUGAGCGUUUAUAGUAUUGAAGUGGUUGUUGAGGUGAUUUUAUCAGAGUGAAGCUGAAACAAGCAACGCAGUCUCUUGAUGACUAACCUACGUUCCCACAGCUCUUCAAACCACUACCGACUUUCUAAUCAUACAAACCCAAUACUUGAAACAAUAAUUGGCGUUAAAAAGGAAAGACCUGCGUCCUCUAAGAGAUCACAAAUCAACAAGGGAGCAUGGACGUCAGAAGAAGAUACAAAAUUGGCUGAGGUUAUUGCAGUUCAUGGUGCUAAAAGUUGGAACACUAUUGCAAGCAAAGCAGGUUUGAAGAGGUGUGGUAAAAGUUGCAGGCUGAGAUGGAUGAAUUAUCUGAGGCCUGAUAUUAAGAGAGGAAAUAUAUCAGAGCAAGAAGAGGACUUGAUCCUUAGGCUUCACAAACUCCUUGGAAACAGGUGGUCUUUGAUUGCGGGAAGAUUACCAGGAAGAACAGAUAACGAGAUCAAGAACUACUGGAAUUCUCAUUUGAGCAAGAAAAUAAAGCAGAAAGAGAAACAAGGCUGCAAAGAUGAAAAGAGAUUAGUGGAGAAUGGCAAAGAGGAAUUGAGAGAAGAGAAUAAAUGUGCAGCAGGAGGUGAGGACUCAAAUAUCAGCUUCGAUGUGGAUGAAUUCUUUGAUUUCUCGGAUGAGAAAUUUGAGUGGAUAAACAGAUGAGGGAGGGUUUUGUUUCAAACUUUAAUAUGGAAGUGCGACUCUUUGUUUGAUGCAAUCCUUGUAAAAUCAGUAAAACUUUCUUCUCUAUUCAUCAAUUUGGCGCUUUGUGUCAGCUGAAA